AGGAAAAUCAAUGGAAACUUCCCAUUUACAUCUCAGCGUGUUCGUGGUGAUCAAGCAUGAAAGACAUUAUAAAUAGGACUCCAUUGUGACAUUCUUUGGUGUAUUCCUCCAUAGUUUUACCUCUAGUAGUGAAUGCUCAUGAAAAUACCAAUGAGUGCUACUUCUUUAACACUUGCUUUCCCUUGGUUUCUCUUUGCAGCAACUGUUUUUAGCCUUGGCCUUUGUCAUGGAAGCUUUAAUGCUGGCUGUAUUGAAAGUGAGAGAGAAGCUCUUUUACAGUUAAAGCUUGGCCUUAAAGAUCCUUCUAACCGGCUUUCUUCUUGGGAUCGUGAUGCGGAUUGCUGUGAAUGGCCUGGAGUCAUCUGUGAUAAUCUCACCAACCAUGUUCUUGAGCUCCAUCUUAGAAGUCUUUCUGUGGUAGAGUAUUAUGCCUCUAAUGCCAAAGGUGACUAUGAUGAAUAUUGGGAGAGGUCGACAUUCAGAGGUAAGAUUAGUCAAUCUUUACUCAACUUGAAGCAUUUGAAGUAUCUAGACCUAAGCAACAAUAAUUUUGAAGGAGUUCACAUUCCCAAAUUCCUUGGCUCUAUGCAGAGUUUAAGAUACCUUAACUUCUCCGGAGCAGGAUUUGGAGGAAUGAUUCCUCAUCAAAUCGGAAAUCUUUCAAAUUUGCAAUAUCUAAAUCUCGAAGGUGGUUAUUAUUAUUAUUAUCAUGAGAUAUAUGUUGAGAAUUUAGAUUGGCUCUCUAGUCUCUCAUCAUUAGAAUUCCUUGACUUGAGUUAUGUGAAUCUUAGUAAAGCCUUGGAUUGGUUGGAUGCGAUGAACAAACUCCCCUCUCUGGUAGAGUUACACUUGUCACUCUGUUCACUAAGUCAUAAGGUUCCUUCCAACAUCAACUUUUCAUCGCUUGCCAUCCUUGAUUUGUCAGGAAAUAGUUUUGGUGAAUCUUCUGUGUCCAGUUGGAUUUUUCACAUUCCAACUUUGACUUCUCUUGAUCUUUCAUAUAAUAAUUUUUUUGGACCAAUCCCUGUUCAACUUCAAAAUAUAACUUCACUUAAGGAGCUUGAUAUGUCUCAUAAUAAUUUUAAUUCUUCAAUGGCCUUUUGGUUACAUGGUCUUCCCCGGCUUGAGCUUCUUCGCCUUUCCUAUAAUUUUGAGUUGCUUGAUGGAAUUCCAAGUGCCAUUGGAAAUUUUACCUCCCUCAACAGUCUCGACUUGACACACUGCAAUUUUCAAGGAGCAAUUCCUAGUGCCAUUGGAAACUUGACUUCCCUCAACAACCUUGACUUGUCAGGCAACCAACUUGAAGGAGGAAUUCCAAGUGUCAUUGGAAACUUGACUACCCUCAACAAACUUCGCUUGUCAUUCAAUAAACUUGAAGGAGGAAUUCCGGCAUCAUUCAAAAAUCUUUGCAAGUUGAGGUCACUCGAUUUGGUCAGCAACAAUCUAAGCCAAGAGAUAAAUGAGGUAUUUGAAAUUCUAUUUGGAUGUGUUUCAAAUGGGAUAGAGGUGUUGUCUUUAUCUAAUUGUCAAUUAUCAGGUCAUUUAAAUAAUCUUCUUGGACAAUUCAAGAAUCUGGAUUCUCUCGAUCUUUCCGAUAAUUCGAUUGCUCACCAAAUUCCGGCCACUUUGGGUGUGUUGACUUCCUUGACGUCUCUACGCCUUUCCAAUAACAAACUGAAUGGAAGUCUCCCCAUAGGUUUUGGAGCCCUUGAAAAUUUAGUAGAUGUAGAUAUUUCUCAUAAUUCAUUAGAGGGUGAAGUUUCCGAAAUUCACUUUGCAAACCUUACAAAUCUGACAUAUUUUGAUGCCUCUCAUAACCAACUGAUUUUAAGAGUCAAUCCUCAUUGGAUUCCACCUUUUCAACUUGUUGAAAAAAUGUCUUUGCGAUCUUGGGAUGUUGGACCUCAACUUCCUAGAUGGCUCCGUUCACUGAAGGAGUUAGUCUUUCUAGACUUGUCAAACUCAAAAAUUUCAGGUACCCUUCCUGUUUGGUUCAGUGAUUGGUCUUUAAGACUUUCUAAUCUUAAUUUAUCUCAUAACCAAUUGCAUGGCAAGAUUCCAUAUUUGUCCACUACUGAUUAUAGUUUGUCCUCCAUCGACUUGAGUUCAAAUAAAUUCAACGGCCCAUUGCCUAAUGUAUCUUCCUAUUGGAUAGAUCUUUCCGAUAAUUUACUCUCUGGAUCAUUAUUCACCUUUCUAUGUCAUAGAACGCAUGAUGUGCUCACUAUGCUGCUUAACUUUGGAAAAAAUCAUCUAUCCGGAGAGAUACCUGAUUGUUGGAUGAAUUGGGAAUAUUUAGCAGUUUUAAAAUUAAAUGACAACUAUUUCAGUGGAAAAAUUCCUAGUUCCAUAGGGAUGCUAAGUCGCCUCGGGUACUUAAAUCUUCGCAACAAUACUCUCUUUGGUGAAAUACCAUUGUCUCUUGAACAUUGCGAAGAAUUGAUGGUACUUGAAUUGGAUGAAAAUAGUUUGGGGGGAAAUAUUUCAACAUGGCUGGAGAAUCAAAAUUAUUCACAGAUGGUUAUUCUUAAUCUUCGUGGGAACCAAUUUCAUGGUCACAUGCCUAUAGAGCUUUGCCGCAUGACUCAUUUGCAAAUCUUGGAUCUUGCUAAUAACAACCUCAAUGGUACCAUACCAACAUGUAUCAAUAACUUCAGUGCAAUGGUAAAUGAAAGUUAUGUUGGUAUGGGAGAGCAAGGUCGGAUUCUCCUUAAUUUUGUUGAUUUGGUGUUUUCUGAUAGUUCCUCAAUUAUGACAAAGGGAGAAAUGAUUGAAUAUUCCACCAAUCUGAAUUUCGUUAGAAGUAUGGACCUCUCAAAUAAUGAAUUAUCAGGAGUUAUUCCUGAAGAAAUAACAAAGCUUAAGGCAUUGCAUUCAUUGAAUUUGUCACAUAAUCUUUUGAGUGGAAGAAUUCCAGAGGAAAUAGGAAAUAUGAAAGCAUUAGAAUCUCUUGAUUUUUCUCAGAAUCAACUUUUUGGAGAAAUUCCUCUAAGUAUGUCAAGCUUGACAUUUUUGAGUAGAUUGAAUUUAUCCAACAACAAGUUAUCAGGAAUAAUACCUUCAGGCACUCAAUUGCAAGGCUUUGAUCCAUCUACUUUCAGCGGCAACAAACUUUGUGGCCUUCCACUCAUCAAGAACUGCAAUGUUGAUGGUGAUAUGCCUCCUAUUGGGAUAGAAAGAGGAGAAGAUGACAAAGGGUCUGAAUCAUUUGCUUGGUUCUAUUUCUAUGUGAGCAUUGCACCAGGAUUUGUGGUAGGAUUUUGGGCAGUAAUGGGUCCUUUAGUGUUUAAUAGAAGAUGGAGGCAUUUAUAUUUCAAUUUUCUAGAUAAUUUGUGGGACAAAUUUAUGGCGUGGUAUUAUGUAAAUGUUGCUAGAUUUGUGAAAGGUCAUGGUUUAUAGAGUUUUGUCCAAAACAAAUAUAUGUGGGGAUGGGCUAUGCACGUCUACAUAAUUAGGUAUGAGUUUAGCUUUAUGUUUGUUGUGACGAUGUUUUUGUAUGGUUGUGCAAUUACUUUGUAAUUUUGAAUUGAGUUUAAUAAAAAAUGAAAAGCCCCACUGUUGUGAGGGCUUCGUGUGUGGUUUUGUGA